CUCUGUGUCACUGUCUCUCUCUUCCAACACCACAAAACCCACCUAGCUCCCAAGCUUUUUCCUCCUCCUUCUCCUUCUUCUUCCAUUGCUAUUAUAAGCUUGGGCUGUUGGGUUUCCUUACCUCAUUCAUUUAUCAUACAUACAUCAGUAAAUCAUCAGAAACAGCUUAUCAUGGCUCUUCAUGUUUCAGCAACAAGUCUUCUGUACUGCUUCUUGUUUCUUCUGAUCAACACUUCAUCUUCGUCUCGUCUUCUAAAAAGUAGGUACAGAGAUGUAUCUUCGGCACACCACCACAAGCUGCCUAGUAGAAGGCAGCUUGUGGAAAAUGGCCUAGGACGAACUCCUCCUAUGGGAUGGAAUAGCUGGAACCACUUCCAGUGUGACAUUAAUGAAGAGAUGGUCCGAGAAACAGCUGAUGCCAUGGUGUCAACGGGUCUUGCGGAUUUAGGGUACAAAUAUAUCAAUUUAGAUGAUUGUUGGGCCGAACUAAAUCGAGACUCUGAUGGAAAUAUGGCUCCUAAAGCUUCAAAAUUUCCAUCAGGAAUUAAGGCUGUGGCUGAUUAUGUUCACAGCAAAGGAUUGAAGUUUGGGAUUUAUUCUGAUGCUGGAGUUCAAACGUGCAGUAAGCAAAUGCCUGGAUCACUAGGACAUGAAGAGCAAGAUGCGAUAACAUUUGCUUCCUGGGGUGUUGAUUUCUUGAAGUAUGAUAAUUGUGAGAAUCUUAAUAUAAGGCCUUCAGAGAGGUACCCAAAAAUGUCUGAAGCUUUAUUAAAUUCUGGAAGGCCAAUUUUCUUUUCCAUGUGUGAAUGGGGACAAGAAGAUCCAGCACUUUGGGCAAAAAGUGUAGCCAAUAGUUGGAGAACAACAGGAGAUAUUGAAGAUAAGUGGGAGAGUAUUACAAGCAUUGCAGAUCAAAAUGACAAAUGGGCAUCUUAUGCAGGACCUGGAGGAUGGAAUGAUCCAGAUAUGCUGGAAGUUGGAAAUGGAGGCAUGACCACUGAAGAAUAUCGUUCUCAUUACAGCAUUUGGGCAUUAGCUAAGGCUCCUUUGCUUAUUGGUUGUGACGUUCGGGCAAUGGAUAAGACAACAUUCGAAUUACUAUCUAACAAGGAAGUUAUUGCUGUCAACCAAGACAGUCUAGGAGUUCAAGGAAGAAAGGUGAAAAGUGAUGCUGGUUUGGAGGUAUGGGCUGGUCCUCUAAGUGAAAAUAGAGUUGCAGUGGUUCUGUGGAACAGAAGUUCCUCAAAAGCAACUGUGACAGCAUCGUGGUCUGAUCUAGGCUUGGAACAAGAAAAAGUUGUAGAUGCACGAGAUCUUUGGGAGCACUCAACACAACCAUCAGUUUCGGGACAUAUUUCUGCUGAUUUGGAUUCACAUGCUUGCAAGAUGUAUGUUCUUACUCCCCGUUAAGCUUCAAAUUUUCAAGGUCGAUCAAAGAAGAAGAAGAUGACGAUAAUGAUGCACGAGAGUUAGAUACCAUAUUCAAGGAUUCCUAGGUAACAGAAGAUAGCUAGGCUGGGAAUUUAUUUUACAAUAAGAAAUAUACAUAUAAAUACAUACAUACAUACAUAUAUAUAGAAAUACUUGAAUAAGACUCAAGUUAUCAAAGGUUUCUGAUAUUAUUAUUUUGUAUUAUUGAAGCAUUGAAGUAUGUCUGUUGAUCAGUUCAAUGCAAUGAUAAUGGUUCCAACUGUUUCUCUA